UGUUUGUUCUACAAUCCACAUCGUUCUUUCAAAUUGGUACGUGUCAAAAAUCUAUUGGCUCUUAUAGUGUUAAUACAAAGUAACGAAAUUAAAUGAAUCGGUGAUAGAACCAAAAAAAAAACACCUCCGAUCUCGGCGAGAGAAAGAGAAACGAUCUGUGAGAGAGAAUGGAUCAGAUCUUGAACAAGGUAGGCUCGUACUGGUUAGGUAAGAAGGCGAACAAGCAGCUCGAUUCCGUCGGUGACGAUAUCAACUCUUUGUCUUCGAGCAUCGAAGGAGGAACAAAAUGGUUGGUGAACAAAAUCAAAGGAAAAAUGCAGAAGCCAUUGCCCGAGUUACUAAAGGAGUUUGGUUUGCCUGUGGGGAUCUUUCCACGUGAUGCAACCAACUACGAGUUCAAUGAACAGACGAGGAAGUUAACUGUCUUUAUUCCAUCAAUCUGCGAAGUUGGUUACAAAGAUACAUCAGUCUUGAGAUUCACCACUACAGUUACCGGAUUUCUCGAGAAGGGAAAGCUAGCUGAUGUUGAAGGGAUGAAGACAAAAGUAAUGAUAUGGGUUAAAGUCACAAGUAUCUCUGCUGAUUCUUCAAAGGUACAUUUCACGGCAGGGAUGAAGAAAAGCAGAAGCCGAGAUGCUUAUGAGGUUUUAAGAGAUGGCGUUGAGAUUGAUAAAUUCUAGCUCUGUUUUGCUGCCUCAGUUCCCUCCGCGGAGUUAAGCUCCUCCCAAGCUUCGAUCCAGGUGACCAUUCCAGUUGCAAGUGUGAUGAAGUAAGGAUCAACCUUCCCAAGUUUCUCUCUCACGAGCUUGGCCAGCUCGAGGUAGCAUUGCUGCACCGAAGUGCACUCUUUAGGAAGAGUCACGGAUUGAAAGAACGGAAUCGCCUCUUCCUGCCAAAAUAUUCCGUUGUAUUCCUUUUUCAGGUUCACGAAUGGGUUGCUGGCUUUGCUGUGCCAUAUGUAAGGCAAACCCGUCUUCACUCCCCAUCCCAUGUGGUCACAUAUCACCUAUAUUAUUGGACAAAUGUAACGGUAUUACAGUAUAACCAAUGCACAAAAGCAAGAUAAGA